AACACCACCACCCACAGCAACAGCAGCAGCAACAGCAGCCCCAACAGCACAACCAGCAGCCCCAUCAUACCAGCAGCAGUAGCAGCGGCGGGUUAGGGGGCGGUCCCUCCUCCAUGACGCGUCUGCACCGCAGCAGCACGGAGGCCAGUGUGGGCGGAGCUAGCGAGGACGGGGGGCUGGCGUUUCAGAGCAGAGUCACGCCCUAUGAGCGGCUGUCUCAGGACCUGAGCAACGACCCCCGGGUCAUGAAGGAGAUCACGUUGGGGCGACGCAUCGCUUUCUACCGGGUCAGGGGGGAGAUUGGAACCGGCAACUUCUCACAGGUCAAGCUGGGCAUUCAUGCUCUGACCAAAGAAAAAGUGGCCAUCAAAAUCCUGGACAAGACGAAGCUGGACCAGAAGACGCAGCGGCUGUUGUCGCGAGAGAUCACGUCCAUGGAGCGGCUGCAUCACCCCAACAUCAUUCGGCUGUACGAGGUGGUGGAGACCCUGGCCAAGCUGCACAUCGUCAUGGAGUACGCGGGCGGGGGAGAGCUCUUCAACAAGAUCUCCAGCGAGGGGAGACUGCCUGAGCCGGACGCCAAAUGUGUGUUUGCGCAGCUCGUGGCGGCUAUAGAGCAUAUGCACGACAACAACAUCAUUCACCGGGAUCUGAAGGCUGAGAACGUCUUCUAUGCCAGCGCUAACCGCGUCAUGAUCGGCGACUUCGGCUUCAGCACUAUCGCCCGCAGCCACGAGACGCUUAACACGUUCUGCGGCUCCCCGCCCUACGCCGCGCCAGAACUGUUCAAAGACGAGCACUAUUACGGCGUCUUCGUCGACAUUUGGGCGCUGGGCAUCCUUCUGUACUUCAUCGUGACGGGCCUGAUGCCGUUCCGCGCGGAGACGGUGGCCAAACUGAAAAAGUGUAUUCUGGACGGCAGUUAUACCGUUCCGUCGUACGUGUCCGACAGCUGUGUGUUCCUGAUCCGCAGCAUCCUCAAACACAUCCCACAGGACCGCUUCACGCUGGCCGAGAUCAAACGCAGCGAGUGGCUGGAGGGACAGGAGUUUCCAGAGAGUCUGGAGCCAUACAACCUCAACCCGAGACUCGACUCCCACUCCUUGUCGCUGGAGGAGCGGGAGGCGAGGGGUGUCCUGUCCAAUCUGGGCAUCAACGAUGACCACAUGAAGCAGUCGAGUAUCCGAGACUCCCGCAGCAGCAUCACGGGAACGUACCGCAUUGUUCUGCACCGCAUUCAAAAAAAGAACUCUGGUAUACAGGAAAUGACCCCUGACCCGGGUCAGGAGAGUAGUCGUGAGUCAAACAUAAGUAUGAAGAGGCGUAGCCGGAGGAGCACGCCGUUGAGUAAACUCGGGAGUACCAAACAGCAGUCCAAGACGUGUGUCAUAUUAUGACGACUGUCCUUAUGUGUUGAGGCUGUUCUUGUAAACACCUUGUAGUGUGUUACACAGGCGAUAUAGCGUGGACUUACUGUGGCGCAAAUACACAGCUGCUGUGUGCUUGUGUGUGUAGGUGUGUGUGUGUGUGUGUGUGUGUAGGUGUGUGUGUGUGUGUGUGUGUGUG